AUGUCAACAAGAAUCAAGUCCGCUACAGAUAUAGAAGUUUACUCAAGGUUCAAUGACAACUUCAAAGUCAACUGCACAGCCUACAUUGUUCAAGAUGUCACCGACAUUAUGCCUGAAGUCCCAAUCAGUCCACAGAAAUGGAGUCAUCUGCAAUACUUGUCACUUGCAGACCCAACUUACCAUACACCAAGCAACAUUGAUCUACUACUUGGAGUUCACAUCUACACAGACAUUUUGAUGAACGGAGUGAUUAAAGGAGAACCAGGUACUCCCAUAGCACAACAAACUCGCUUGGGAUACAUCCUGUCAGGAGGUCAGUUGAACAACAACCACAUGAGAGAGUUCAAAAGCAUGCAUCUGAACAUAACAUUAGAGAAGAUGGUAGAAAAAUUUUGGGAGACAGAGAGAUUAGAGUCAGAGGAAAACGACACUCUCACCCCACAAGAACUUCGAGCUGAGAACAUUUAUCAAGAUACAGUAGCAAGAGAUACAAACGGAAGAUACAUCGUAUCACUUCCAUUCAAGUGUGACAAACCUACUUUACCAGAGAAUUCUAGAGAAAUCGCACUGAGAAGAUUCAUGAGCACUGAGAGAAGAUUAGAAGCAAACACAAAAUUGAGAGAAUCCUACAAUGAGGUCAUGAGAGAGUACAUAAUGUUACAACAUAUGGAAUUAGUUGAACGAGAUGAACCUAUGAGAGAGCCAGACAGAAGAGUAUACCUGUCACAUCAUCCUGUGAUCCGUGAAGAUAGAGACACUACUAAGCUUCGGGUAGUUUAUGAUGCUUCAUGCAGAGGAGCCAACGGAGUAAGCCUCAACUCAGAACUGCUAAUUGGUCCGUCACUUCUGGGAGAUCUUCGAGACAUUCUUAUGAGAUGGAGAACGCAUAAAGUCUGCUUUGUCGCCGAUGUCAUCAAAAUGUACCGGCAGAUCCUUGUAAGAAGAGAAGACACAGACUUUCAGAGAAUACUUUGGAGAUUCAGCCCUGAUGAAGACAUAAGAGAGUAUAGAAUGCUAACUGUAACCUUCGGAACAGCAUGUGCACCAUUCUUAGCAAUCAAAACCCUGAGACAGAUAGCAAUCGAUGAGGCAAACACAGAAGAUUAUGCACAAGCUCGAGAAAUCAUCAACCAUUCUUUCUACAUGGAUGAUGUACUGUCAGGGGGAAAUACAAUAGAAACCGCAGUAGAGGCUAAACGUCAACUGACAGAAGUACUAAGAAGAGGAGGCUUCGAGUUACAAAAAUGGUCUUCAAACAGCAAAGAAUUCAUAAACACAGUAGAACCAGAGAAGAGAGCGAAGAAUUCUGAGAUAGACAUCAACAAAAAAGAGACAAUCAAAACAUUAGGAAUCACUUGGAACUCAAACGAAGAUACCCUCUUAGUAACAAACAAAAUCAACACUUUAUCUGAGCAGCGAGUAACAAAGAGAAACGUCUUAACAGUCAUCGCUUCCCUGUUUGAUCCAAUGGGUUGGCUAGCACCAUCUGUAGCCAUGGCGAAAAUAUUUCUACAGAAGACCUGGUCAAGAGAAUUAUCAUGGGACACAGAGUUACCUGAAGACUUGAAGACAGAGUGGAAGACUUUCUGCAGAGGCAUAGAGCACCUGUCAGACGUGAAGCUUGAGAGAUGGAUCGGAACGACCAACAACAGCGAGUUAGUAGAACUGCAUGGCUUUGCUGAUGCAUCAAUGUCAGCUGAUGAAUUGAAUUGCAAUCAACAACAACAUAGAUACAACAUGGUCGUACGUGAACACAAAAGAAAACCCUGCAGAUCCAGCAUCGAGAGGAGUCACACCUGA